CACAUGAUGUACGGACGCCAUGUUGUCAGCCAGAGUCUCCGUUUCCACGUUUAUUGUUUGGCGUUUUUAAGUCGAUUAUUUUGGUGCAAAAUGGUUUGCUGUGUGGCUGUAGGCUGUUCAACUCGUUUCAAACAAGGCGUGCGCAUGCAUCGUUUCCCGAGAAAUCCCGAAAGACGACGCUUGUGGGAGAUCAAAGUGAAACGAGUGGGCUGGAAGCCUCACAACAAUUCUUUACUUUGCGAUAAACAUUUUGAUGAUACUCAAAGAGAAUUGAACCAUCCUGAGAAACCUUUGAAAUGGAAUGCUAUGCCCAACAUUUUUGCACACACCAAGAAAGUUGCGGCAAGACGACCCAGAAAACGAAGAAUAGACCCUGAUCCUCCCAAAUUUUGGAAUAAGCUGGAUCAUCCGUAUGCGCAAAAAUAUCAAGUUGACAGUGGCACAGCUGACGUUUCAGUUUCAGAUAUCAACAUGGCUGAUAUCAUUAAAGAAGAUGUGGUCAAUCCUGUACCUGCCGUCCGCGCUAUACCUGCUGUACACGCUGCACCCACUGUAACCAUCGUUCCUGUAAGUCCCGAUGACCAAAUUCACAAACUUCAAGCUCAAAACCUCACCUUACGAAGGAAGCUUCGGUAUGAACAACGUUUAAGAAGAUCAAUCGCAAAUGAGCGGUCGGUAAUGCAGGAGAAAAUGAGGAUGGUGUUUAACAACAACCAGAUCGAGAAUAUGAGUAAGAAGUCAUCGUGUUCCUUCAAGUGGUCAAUGGAUUCGUACAGAAAAGCCCUGAAGCUCAGAAAUGCUUGUGGAAAAACAGGUUAUGAUGAACUUUUGCGUCAAGGUUACCCUCUGCCCUCUCUUCGUUCUCUGCGGCGGAAGGAAGUCGUGUCCGUGGAUUCUGAAACCCAAGAGGCGACGCUGAAGACGUCUUCAACCGAUGGGAAGCAAAGAGAUCGCUCCCUCCCUUCGGACGAGACUGCCAUCGAAGCGCACUGUCAAAAUGAUGAGACGAGUCGCGGCUUUUGUGAAGAUGUUACUCCACCGGGUUAUAGCGCGACACCGACGCACGCCGUUUUCCUCCUCGUCUCUUAAAGUAUUUUGUUUUGCCUGUUUUUUUUUUUUUUUUUUUUUUUUAAAGAAACCACCGUGCCUGAGGUAGAGCAACCUAUCAGAAACCGUGACCGACGAGUUGUUUUUUGUUGGGCGGGUUCUUAAAACUUAAAUUGGAGAUACACUAUUGGGCUUGAGAGGGUCACCCCCCCCCCCCCAAGAUUUUUACUAAUGUAUUGCCGUCAGGUCAUUCUGGCAGUAUUAACAAAAUGACAGAAAGUGAAACUUCCUCUUUAGGAAUAUGAAUUGAUUUUUGCAUUUUAAUGAAUAAAUUUUUCCAUGUAUUAAAGAGAUUAUUUUUAAAAAGUAUUAUAAUGAUGGGAUGAAUGUUUAACACAUCUGCCUCGCCGUUCUGAGGACCGGGGUUCAAAUCCCAGCCCCGCCUUUGUGGAAUUUCCAUGUUCUCCCCGUGCCUGCGUGGGUUUUCGGCGGGUACUCCGGUUGCCUCUCGGGUCCCCAAAAUAAGCGUGGUAGGUUGAUUGAAGACUCUAAAUUGCCCCUAGGUGUGAACGUGAGUGCGAAUGGUUGUUUUGUUUAUAUGUGCCCUGCGAUUGGCUGGCAACCAGUUCAGGGUGUACCCCGCCUCUCGUCCAAAGAUAGCUUACAUAUGGUUGUCAUUCAAAUGUAUUCUGUGUUGAAUUAAGAUUUUGUUGUGAGUUUAAAAUUGCAUGAUUCGAAAAAUAAAACAUUGCAUUUUUGUGCUCAGGCAAUAUCCUAGGGCAGUGGUUCUCAAA